UGCGGAAGGAAACGGCGGCGGCGGCCGCUGGGUGAGAGGGCGGCCGGGGCUAGAGGUUCGGAGGAGGCGGGGGCGACGAGGAGAGCACGUGAGCGCUGGCCGCUUCUCCCGGCUCUGCUUUAUCUCUAGGGGUCGGUAGCUGCGGGGACAGCCCAGGGCCCGGUGUAUGGCCACGGAGUUACGGUGUCCGGACUCCAUGCCCUGUCACAACCAGGCAGUAAAGUCUGCCUCUACCCCAAGCCCCGAGCCGCCGCGACCUGGUGACCUGAUCCCAGACCAAGCCGGGGGAAACAGCGCCUCCGUGGCCAAGCUGACUCUCCUCGCCGGGCACGCCCAUUCGAGCGUACCCGCUGAGAGGGACCCUCAGGCCUGUGGCGGCCUCAGCCUUAACUCAGAGAACAACGGUGGCAGUGGCAACUAUGACGCACCAGCCAGCGAUUCCCUCCUAGGGGACUGCGAACUCUCGGGGCAGAUAGGGGCGCAGCUUAAGCUGCUGCCUAUGAAUGAUCAGAUCCGGGAGCUGCAGACCAUCAUCCGGGACAAGACAGCCAGUAGAGGGGACUUCAUGUUUUCUGCGGAUCGUUUGAUCAGACUUGUUGUGGAAGAGGGAUUGAAUCAACUGCCAUAUAAAGAAUGCAUGGUGACCACUCCAACAGGGUACAAGUAUGACGGAGUAAAAUUUGAGAAGGGAAAUUGUGGGGUCAGCAUAAUGAGAAGCGGUGAGGCAAUGGAACAGGGUUUACGAGACUGCUGUCGAUCCAUACGAAUAGGAAAGAUCCUGAUUCAGAGUGAUGAGGAGACACAAAGAGCCAAAGUAUAUUAUGCCAAGUUCCCACCAGACAUUUACAGGAGAAAAGUCCUUCUGAUGUAUCCAAUUCUCAGCACUGGAAAUACUGUCAUUGAAGCUGUAAAGGUUCUUAUAGAACAUGGAGUUCAACCCAGUGUUAUCAUCCUACUGAGUCUGUUCUCCACUCCUCAUGGUGCCAAAUCAAUCAUUCAAGAAUUUCCAGAGAUCACAAUUUUAACUACUGAAGUUCAUCCUGUUGCACCUACACACUUUGGACAGAAAUACUUUGGAACAGACUAAGUUAUUGAAGGAAAAUUAUCUUGUGUAAUGUUACAGUUAUGUUUUGAGUUUCUACCUGUUUUACUAACUCACUUGAGGAAUGGCAGAGAAAAUUGUGUUAAAGAUGCUUUGUAAUUUUUGGAAAUGGGUACAGUAAAAAGGAAAUGCAGUAAAAA